AAUAAAAGCACUCGAACCCGACUGGCAGACCCCAUUUCAUCUCAGAAGGAGCAAAUAGACACCACGCCAAUGGCUAAAUCUUACUGGGUUUCUCUGAUUCUGUUGAUAUUCUUGAAUUAUCAGAUUCCUUCACAAGCUCAGCAAGAGUACGUCAACAACAAGCAGCUCGACUGCGACAGCGGCGUCGUCUACAAUGCCACCUUCGGCAAUCUCUGCAAUGGCGUCUCUCGUUCCUGCAAUUCUUACCUCACUUUCCGAUCAAUCGCUCCUUACAACACUCCUCCCACCAUAGCCUUUCUCUUGAGUUCCACAGCCUCUGCUAUCGCCACCGCCAACAACAUCUCCGACGUUGCCCUCAUCCCCGACAACACCAUGGUCAUCGUCCCCGUCAACUGCUCCUGCUCCGGCAAGUACUACCAGCACAACGCCUCCUACGUCUUGAAGCAACAUGGAGAGACAUAUUUCAGUGUUGCCAAUAAUACCUAUCAGGCCCUCACUACUUGUCAAGCUAUUGAGAAUCAGAACGUUUAUGAUAAGCGGAAUCUCAGUGCUGGCAUGAAUUUGAGUGUGCCUCUUCGGUGUGCCUGUCCCACGACGAAGCAGGAAGAUUCUGGGUUUAAGUAUUUGCUAACCUAUUUGGUUGCUCAAGGAGAAUCGGUGUCUGGUAUUGGUAGUCUAUUUGGGAUCGAUGAACAGAGCGUUCUGGAUGCCAACGAGCUUUCUGACAGUGCUUUUAUUUUCUAUUUCACUCCGAUUAUGGUUCCUCUGACAAAAGUGCCCGACCCAAUCAAGCUAGCGGCCUCCCCUCCUCCUCCUCCGCCGCCUUCUACAGCGGCGGCCUCUAACGACUCUAGCUCUUCCAAGAAAUGGGUCAUCGUCGGGGUCGCGAUCGGAGCUGUUCUUAUUCUUCUUCUCGGCCUGUCGGGAUUUCUCUUCUGGUAUUGCCGCCGCCGCAGCCACCAGUGGAAAUCUCAGCUGCCUUCUUCCGCUCCGACAUCUACCGACAUCACCAAGAAGACCGCAGACUCCGGCACGACCCGGUCUUGGUCUAUUUCUUCGGAGGGGCUUCGCUACGCCAUUGAUUCGUUGACGGUUUACAAAUUCGAGGAUUUGCAGAAAGCGACGAGUUUCUUCAGCGAAGCUAACCAGAUCAAAGGAUCUGUAUACAGAGCAACGUUUAAAGAAGACGCCGCCGCCGUUAAAAUCUAUAAAGGCGACGUGUCGAAAGAGAUCAGCAUUCUGAAGCGACUCAACCACACCAACAUCACGAGGCUCUCUGGCUUCUGUGUACACAAAGGAGACACCUAUCUUGUUUACGAGUUCGCCGAGAAUGGCUCACUCGACGACUGGCUUCAUCCUAACAACGACAAAAGCAAAAACAAGUUUCAGAAUUCAUUGUCGACUCUGAAUUGGAGACAGAGGGUUCAGAUUGCUCAUAAUAUAGCUGAUGCAUUGAAUUACCUUCACAACUACACCAACCCUCCUCAUAUCCACAAGAAUCUCCAGAGCGGGAAUGUGCUUCUGGACGAGAAUUUCAGAGCUAAAGUUUCCAACUUUGGAUUAGCAAGAGUGUUGGAUGAUGACGAAGAAGGUGGGUUCCAAGUGACGAGGCAUGUGAUAGGUACACAAGGGUAUAUGGCACCAGAGUACAUCGAGAACGGAGUGAUAACUGCGAAAAUGGACGUUUUCGCAUUUGGGGUUGUGAUUCUGGAGCUGAUAUCAGGGAAGGAAGCCAUUGUUGGGGAGGAGAAGCUUCUGUCAUCGUGUGCGAGGGAGGUGCUUGAAGGAGAGAAUGUGAGGGAGAAACUUCGAGGCUUUGUGGAUCCAAGUUUUGGGGAUGAAUACCCUCUGGAUUUGGUAUACUCAAUGGCACAGCUUGCUAAACGCUGCGUUGAACGAGACAUCAAUUCGCGACCAGGCAUUUCUGAGGUGUUCAUGACACUGUCCAAGCUUCAAUCAUCUACGGUUGAUUGGGAUCCUUCUGAUGAGCUUGACAGGUCCAGAUCUGUCAGCAAAGUGUCUGAUGCCAGAUAGACAGAUACAUUCUGAUAAAAAUACACAUGGGCUAACUCUUUCUCUCAUCAAAAUUCUCAGACCCUUGAAUCCAGAAAUAUGCGGUGCCUCAUGAGUGACGAGACCUGAGAACUUACUUCUCAAUUUUGGCUGCUCGCUUUUCAGUAUUAUUAUGAUCGCGGAUGAUUAAUUGCUCCACAUAAAGAAUCUUGAGUUGUUAUUCAGUUGUUUGAUUGACGUUGCCUUUGUAUUUGACAAUUAGGACACCCGUGGAAACCCAUUGUUGCCAAUGGGGGCAAAUAUUUUUCUUUGCACUUAAUUUUUUGUUGGAUUGAAAUUUUUUGGACAAUAAUGCAAUGCUAUUUAUCAUGAUCAUAAA